AUGCCGACGGUGGUCCUAAUGGACGCGUCUCUGUCCAUGACGCGGCCGGUCUCUCUGGAGCCGUGCUCGGAGGAGUUACAGAGGAAGAACCUAGCUGUGGCAGGACUCACCAUGCUGUUUGAACACAUGGCUACGAACUACCGACUGGAAUUCACCUCUCUUGUGGCCUUCUCUUCCCUGUGGGAGCAACUGGUGCCUUUCACCAGGGACUACAACAUCCUACAGGUACCCAGGUCUGGCUAACACCAGGGAGUAGAACACCCAACAGGUACACAGGUCUGGCUAACACCAGGGAGUAGAACACCCAACAGGUACACAGGUCUGGCUAACACCAGGGAGUAGAACACCCAACAGGUACACAGGUCUGGCUAACACCAGGGAGUAGAACACCCAACAGGUACACAGGUCUGGCUAACACCAGGGAGUAGAACACCCAACAGGUACACAGGUCUGGCUAACACCAGGGAGUAGAACACCCAACAGGUACACAGGUCUGGCUAACACCAGGGACUAGAACACCCCAACAGGUACACAGGUCUGGCUAACACCAGGGAGUAGAACACCCAACAGGUACACAGGUCUGGCUAACACCAGGGAGUAGAACACCCAACAGGUACACAGGUCUGGCUAACACCAGGGAGUAGAACACCCAACAGGUACAACAGGUCUGGCUAACACCAGGGAGUAGAACACCCAACAGGUACACAGGUCUGGCUAACACCAGGGACUAGAACACCCAACAGGUACACAGGUCUGGCUAACACCAGGGAGUAGAACACCCAACAGGUACCACAGGUCUGGCUAACACCAGGGAGUAGAACACCCAACAGGUACACAGGUCUGGCUAACACCAGGGAGUAGAACACCCAACAGGUACACAGGUCUGGCUAACACCAGGGAGUAGAACACCCAACAGGUACACAGGUCUGGCUAACACCAGGGAGUAGAACACCCAACAGGUACACAGGUCUGGAUAACACCAGGGAGUAGAACACCCAACAGGUACACAGGUCUGGCUAACACCAGGGAGUAGAACACCCAACAGGUACACAGGUCUGGCUAACACCAGGGAGUAGAACACCCAACAGGUACACAGGUCUGGCUAACACCAGGGAGUAGAACACCCAACAGGUACACAGGUCUGGCUAACACCAGGGAGUAGAACACCCAACAGGUACACAGGUCUGGCUAACACCAGGGCUUGGAGGCAAUAUGGUAGUAGCUCUACUUGCUCUCUGAUUGGCUAGAGGAACUGUAGACAUAUUGGUUACACCAGAUCUGAUUCUUUUGUUAAUUGUGUCCUUCCCUCUGCUGUGCGGUGCAGGAAGCCCUGAGCAACCUGGAGGACUAUGACAAGACGUGUCUGGAGUCAGCGCUGCAUGGAGUCAGCAACGUGGUGCAGCAGGAGUGGGGGCACGCCUGUCCCACACAGGUACUUUAUCAAGCCGUGAUAGUACCAUACUCUAUCCAGUAGUAAACUGUCCCACACGGGUACUUUAUCAAGCCGUGAUAGUACCAUACUCUAUCCAGUAGUAAACUGUCCCACACGGGUACUUUAUCAAGCCGUGAUAGUACCAUACUCUAUCCAGUAGUAAACUGUUCCACACAGGUACUUUAUCAAGCCGUGAUAGUACCAUACUCUAUCCAGUAGUAAACUGUCCCACACGGGUACUUUAUCAAGCCGUGAUAGUACCAUACUCUAUCCAGUAGUAAACUGUCCCACACGGGUACUUUAUCAAGCCGUGAUAGUACCAUACUCUAUCCAGUAGUAAACUGUCCCACACGGGUACUUUAUCAAGCCGUGAUAGUACCAUACUCUAUCCAGUAGUAAACUGUCCCACACGGGUACUUUAUCAAGCCGUGAUAGUACCAUACUCUAUCCAGUAGUAAACUGUCCCACACGGGUACUUUAUCAAGCCGUGAUAGUACCAUACUCUAUCCAGUAGUAAACUGUCCCACACGGGUACUUUAUCAAGCCGUGAUAGUACCAUACUCUAUCCAGUAGUAAACUGUCCCACACGGGUACUUUAUCAAGCCGUGAUAGUACCAUACUCUAUCCAGUAGUAAACUGUCCCACACGGGUACUUUAUCAAGCCGUGAUAGUACCAUACUCUAUCCAGUAGUAAACUGUCCCACACGGGUACUUUAUCAAGCCGUGAUAGUACCAUACUCUAUCCAGUAGUAAACUGUCCCACACGGGUACUUUAUCAAGCCGUGAUAGUACCAUACUCUAUCCAGUAGUAAACUGUCCCACACGGGUACUUUAUCAAGCCGUGAUAGUACCAUACUCUAUCCAGUAGUAAACUGUCCCACACGGGUACUUUAUCAAGCCGUGAUAGUACCAUACUCUAUUCAGUAGUAAACUGUCCCACACGGGUACUUUAUCAAGCCGUGAUAGUACCAUACUCUAUCCAGUAGUAAACUGUCCCACACGGGUACUUUAUCAAGCCGUGAUAGUACCAUACUCUAUCCAGUAGUAAACUGUCCCACACGGGUACUUUAUCAAGCCGUGAUAGUACCAUACUCUAUCCAGUAGUAAACUGUCCCACACGGGUACUUUAUCAAGCCGUGAUAGUACCAUACUCUAUCCAGUAGUAAACUGUCCCACACGGGUACUUUAUCAAGCCGUGAUAGUACCAUACUCUAUCCAGUAGUAAACUGUCCCACACGGGUACUUUAUCAAACCAAUGAAUCUAAUGUAUGGGCGGCAGGUAGCUUAGUGGUUAAGAGCGUUGUGCCAGUAACCGAAAGGUCGCUGGUUCUAAUCCCCGAGCCGACUAGGUGAAAAAUCUGUCGAUGUGCCCUUGAGCAAGGCACUUAACCCUAAUUGCUCCUGUAAGUCGCUCUGGAUAAGAGCGUCUGAUAAAUGACUAAAAUGUAAAUGUAAAUGUAUUAACAAAGCCUUUUUUACAUCUUCGAUGUGCAUCGUCAAAUAAUAGUCAACGUUUACUGAGGCAAAAAACCAUUUCUGAACUCAUUAUUGACACCAUAGUUUACAGGGAGAUAUACACCUAGGAGUUGUAACACCCUGGUUAAUUUAUCUCGAUAAUCCUAUAUUUUCCUGGUCUCAGUGAUUCCUGACAGCACUGACGGACUGUGACCUGUCGUUGUCAUAGCUACCGUAAGAUGAAUGCACUAACUCUAAAUUGCUCAGGAUAAGAGCGUCUGCUAAAUAACUCAAAUGUUAAACGCAGGUAAACUUCCACCCAGAUGUUGGUGAAUAUUGUUGCAGUUCUCCUUGUGGCCUCCAUGUGGUGCUCUCUGAGACACUCCACUCCCUACAGACUAUUAGAUUGAUUAUUGAUCUGGUGGCCUACAGGUGGUGUUGGUAACAGAUGGGUCUCUGGGGAUCGGUAAAGGCUCUCUGAGACACUCCCUACAGACUCUGAAAGGACGACCGGAGGAUAAGAAGUUUCCUCUGCCGUUCCCUUUCCCUGCCAAGCUGUUCGUCAUGUGCAUCGCUAACGCAGAGGAG